CUUGCCUUAUUUAUUGUUACUCGUACUAUUCAAGAUAACACAAGAAAUGUUGCUAAAACAUGUAUUAGUGCUAACAAUAAUUUUAAUCAGUUUAAUCUUGCCCAGUGAUAGUGGCCGAAUUUUAGCCAUAAUGCCAACCCCCUCAUACAGCCACCAAAUCGUCUUCAAUCCCCUUUGGCUCACACUGAACUCGAAAGGACACCACGUCACAUUAUUCACCACUGACCCGAUCAAAAACACCAAUCUAUCAAACUUUCGUCAAGUCGAUUGGAGCUUCGCUUACCAAUUAUGGCACGAAAAGCACAACGUCAGCGAUAUUAUAAGAAAUUUCAACACAAAUUUACCCAAGUGCUUGAACCAAUACGUGGAAAUGAUGAACGACAUCAUCAUACAAGAACUCGAACAUCCCCAAGUCCAAGAAAUCAUCAACGACAAAAACGAACACUUUGAUUUAGUAAUCGUUGAAUUUUUGAAUCCGGCGAUGGUGGCUUUUGGUAAAAGGUUUAAUUGCCCUUUUAUUGGAAUGUCUCCAAUGGAUUUGACCAAUUUUGUGCAUGAAGCUUUGGGGCACCCAAUCUCGCCUGCUUUGUUCCCUGAUUUCAUUUCUCACUACGACAGUGAGAUGAGUUUCUUUGAGAGAGUGCUCAAUACGUUUUAUUACGUUGGAAGUAAACUUUAUUUCAAGUUUUAUUUUUAUCCGAAAAUUGAUGAGAUUAUCAAGAAGUAUUUUGGAGAGGAUGUCCCUGCUUUGGAAGAGAUGCAACGUAAUGCCAGUAUGGUUUUUCUCAACACGAAUCCAAUUAUUCAUAAUAUAAGGCCCUUAAUGAGCAAUGUGAUAAUGGUGGGAGGAGGGACACAUUUUGAGAGGGAUUCUGCUUUACCAGAAGAUAUACAAAAAUUUUUGGAUGGAGCUGAAAACGGAGCGAUUUAUUUCAGUCUUGGAACUAAUGUUAAAAGCAAGGAUUUGGACAAAGAAACAAAAACUACAUUUUUGCAAGUAUUUUCAGAACUGCCUUACAAGGUGUUAUGGAAAUUCGAAGACACAAGUAUUUCAACUAAUUCGAAAAUUUUGGUAAAACCAUGGCUACCACAACAACAGAUUUUAAAACAUCCAAAAAUCAAACUGUUUAUUACUCAAGGGGGACUUCAAUCCUUGGAGGAAGCUAUUUAUAACGGAAUUCCUAUUAUAGGGAUGCCUGUCUACGUUGAUCAAUACUCAAACGUUAAAAGGGCAAUUCGUAAAGGAAUGGGAAUUAUUCUUGAUAGUAAUAAAUUGGAAAAAGAAGUACUGAAGAAAUCAAUCGAAGAAAUUUUAAAUAAUGAAAAGUACAAAAAAUCCGCUGAAAAAUUAUCAAUUUUAUUGAAAGAGCAACCCAUUUCUGGACUUAAUCAAACUGUAAAAUGGAUUGAAUACGUUUUGAAACAUAAGGGGGCAAAAUUUUUGAAACCAACUCAGAUACCAACUUAUCAGUAUCUUCUGGUAGAUGUGUUAAUAUUAUUUUUGGUAUUGCUUAUAUUCUCUGGUUAUUUGUCAAUCGUGUGUCUAAAACUACUUGUUAAGUGUGUGAAAGAGAGACGUAACGAUAAAAGAAUUAAGUGGGAGUAAUGUUAACUACUUUUUAGUUAUUAUUAUCUUUUUUUAAUAUUUUUCAAAGCCAUAAAUUCCAGACUAUCAAAGUUCUAUUAAUUUGCGAAUAAAAAGGGUGUCAAAUAUUUUUUAUUUUUUGCUUAACUAACCAUAGGUACUUCCAGUGCAAAACCACUUUCGAAUCUCUAGGAAGUAGUGAUACAAACGAAAUUUUUAAAAAUGAUUUUUAUUAUGCAUAUUAAAAAAAUGGAUUAUUAAAUUUCGUUGUUUAAUCUACGGCGUCGUGACAGCCCUCACCAAAACCUGGACUUGGAAAUAAACAAAUUAUAACAACAAAAUCUUAAUAAAAUGUAAUUUACCUUUAGUCGUCAUUUUGGUCGGCAAAUUCCUCCAUUUCUUCUUUGGCCGAAUUAACAUCAGCGCCAGCAUCGACUAAAAUUGCAACAGUGGGGAAACUGCGAUUUUUUGCAACAAGAGGACUUUUUUGUUUUUUAUCAUACAAGUUAAUUAGGAGACCUUGUUCUAAAAGAUAAUUCACAAAAAAGGCAUUUUUAGUUUCAACAACUUUCAGCAAAGUAGAAGAUUUCAAAAUACUCUUCAGUUUAAUUUCAAUCUUAAUUAAAUUCUUUACACACUGAAAAUUGUCUCUCAUUAAACAUUUACAAUCGAUUUUGGCUUUCUUGCUUAUUAAAUAUUUCCCAAUAUCGCAGUUUUCAAGUUUCAAAGAUUCAAACAGUGGAUAAGAGCCUUGAUUAUCCGUAAAAUUAACGUCAGCGCCAUUUUUAAUCAAACUUUUCACCACAUCACAAUUCCCCUUUUGUAUAGCUGUUAUUAGGGGAGUAGUUCCAUAGCGAGGUUUGUAAUUCAUUACAACAUUGUUUUCGAUAAACAGAUUAAUUAUGUCAAUGUUGCUCAAAUCUAUGGCUCUUAGGAAAGCUACUGGCAUUGUCAGAAUGGCUCUAAAUUGGCAUAAAACUUUAAUUGCCUCCAGAUUGGCUUUUUCAACGGCCACCAAAAGAGGAGUUUUAUUGAUUGGGUCAACUGAACAAAUAUCUGCACCACUUUCUAAAAGUUGUCGAGCUUGAUCUAAUUUUCCGGUAAAAAUGGCGUCCCUAGGGAUGUAUAGUAGUAAUAAUUCAAUAUAUCCACCGUCUUUGAGUAAGCGUUAAAGCACUAGAUUGAUCAGACUUUUGUUUAUACAUGUCGGCCCCCUUAUGAAUUAAAAGUUUGGUAGCUUCAAAAUUUCUCAUUACAAGGCACAAUAAAAGUGGUGUAUAUUGUAUUGAUGGACAACGACUAGUAAUAUUUCCGGGUUGAUUUACAUCUGCAUUACUAAUGUAAUGUGUAAUGUAAUGUACCUAAUGGACACGAUAUCUGUAUUGCAAAGUGUAAAAGUCCAAGGUCAUAAUGUUGUAAUUUUUUGUAAUUAACGUCGGCUCUAUUUUCUAUUAGAUAUUUUAUUACACCAUACCUUGUUACAUCCAAGUUCUUUGAAAGUAUUGAGGCUAUAACUGGAGUUCCACCUAGUCUACUUUCAAUGAAAUUUAAAUCAAUCAAAAGUAAUGCCUCCUUUUCCUACAAUUAGAAAAUCAAAACAAUACUUCACAAGCACACAUAUAGAAAUGCAGAAAUUGAUAACAGUAAUUUAACAUACCUUUUUAGUCGUAUCAACAAUUUCAGGUUUCCCUUUUCAGAAUUUAACACAAAACCACGUAUGAAAUGAUGUACAACUUUAAUUCAAUAAAAUUUUAUUAUAAUUGUAACCGUAAUUAUGUAUAAAAAAUGCAAGAUGAGAUACAUCAGGAGCUUGGGUAGGAAGUUGUUUUUAGGAUUCAGUCCACUAUCCAACCUCUAAGGCGAUGGUUAAAAACUGUUCAAGAUAGAUGCAACCAUUAAAUCAGUAUCCAAAAUUUAAAUAAUUUUCAACAAAAUUACUUUUAAUUACAACUAACAUCUAAUGCACUUUAGAACAUUCUCUGUAUCAACUCAAAAACCAACAAAUUUAGAACUGUUCGCUUUUUAUAUACUUUUAUUUGUAUAUUUAUGGUAUUCGCAUUCUUGAAAUUUUUAAAACUUUACAAAGAAGCUACAAAAAAUAAACAUUGUAUUUAUAGGGUGCCUAGCUAAGACUUAAAAUACUUAUCUCUUUAUUCUGAUUACAUAUUAUAAGGAUUCUGUCAUUUUUGUCCUGUUAUUGAAUGUUUCUGAU